UCCGCGCCGGAAGUGGCUGCUGGAAGCACACGCUGGUUAGGGAGCAGUCAGUGGCAAUGUGUGAAGUGGAGGAUGGGGGUUAUGUGGACUUGGGGACAGAGGAGAGAAGUGACAGGUUGGGGCAGACAUGUAUGAAGUGCAAGGAAGGUGCCGCCGUCCUCAUCAUACGCGUGGGAGAUGCGUUCUGCAAAUCCUGUUUCAAAGACUAUUUCUUACACAAAUUCCGAGCCAUGCUGGGGAAAAAUCGAGUCGUGUAUCCAGGCGAGAAGGUUCUUCUGACUUAUUCUGGUGGACCUUCCUCAAGUGCCAUGAUCCAGCAAGUCCAAGAGGGUUUGAGUCGCGAUGCCCCUAAAAAGUUGCGCUUCAUUCCUGGUAUCCUGUUCAUUGACGAAGGUGCAGUGUGUGGUCAGAGUUGGGAGCAGAGGGAACAGAAUGUUUCCGAAAUACAGCGGCUUUUACAGACAACCAGUUUUCCCUUCCAUAUUGUGCCCUUGGAGCAGGUUUUCUCUCUCCCACAAUCUGUUCUUCAGUCGGCUCCUCCAGGGAACCCUGAGCAUGCAGAGAAUUACAAGCAGGCAGUGAACAGUUUUCUGGAACAGCAGAGGGCACACGGCGCGGAUGAGCUAUUGGGCACUGCCGAUGAGCUGGCACAGCUUCGUCUUACUGACCAUAAACUCGGCAAUAAUUUGGCUAAUGGCAGCUCAUACAGCCGCCCUCCUUCGGAGCUCACCUCUGCACUGAUGGAGAGCUUUAGCUCUGCCAGGACUCUAACAGCCAAACUGGAGCUCCUGCUAUCCCUCCGGAAUCACCUAAUCCUACAUGUGGCGCGGACUUGUGGAUACUCUAAGGUUAUGAGCGGUGAAAGCUGCACACGUCUGGCGGUUCGUCUGCUUUCUAACAUAUCGUUAGGACGUGGGGCAUUCCUCCCACUGGACACAGGUUUCUCUGAUGAUCGCUAUGGAAAUGUUGUCAUUGUCCGGCCCAUGCGGGAGUAUUCACUGAAAGAAAUUUCCUUCUAUAACCGGCUUUUCAAUGUACAUUGUGUCUUCAUCCCCACAAUGGAAACUAAGGCUCCUGAUAACAGCAGCAUCCAGCACCUCUCUGAAUCUUUCCUCACCAAGCUGCAGGCAGACUUCCCCUCCACAGUCAGCACGAUGUACCGAACCAGUGAGAAGCUAAAUAUUUCCAGAAAGGAAACUGCAGAAGAAAACGUCCAGCAAGAACGAUGUCUGAUCUGCAUGUGCACUUUGGACACGCGUGUCGGUGAAUCCUCUGCCUUCCGUGCCACACAAGUAUCUCAGAAUUUCUCUCAGAAGAGGCUAAAGAACAAUGCAGACCCCGAGAAGCAAUGCUGCAGUAGUGGACAGUGCUGUGAAAGUGCAGCCUCUUGUUCCAGCCGUGUUCCCCAGACACAAGACGUCAUGCCUUUGUUGUGCUACAGCUGCAGAGGGACCGUCCGGGAUAUGACAUCAGUGAGCACCUUCCCUCCAUACAUCCUGCAGGAAGCCGAGCACAGGAGCCGCAGGGUGGAGAUGAGGAGAGAGAUACAGGACUAUCUGCUGGAUGAAGGCUGUGAGGACAUGUGAGAGGAUCUGCCCUAAAUCAUCACCAGACCAUCUGCACGAGGCAGCACAGGCCAGCAUGGCAUUUCUGUUUUUAACCAUUUUAUUUUUAAUUGGCCAUUUAUUUAUAAGGAAACUUUUAUCUUAUUCUGUGAUACUAGAAAAUAAAAUUUCACAUAAAAAUCA